UAUAGCCAACAUUAGCCUACCUAGAGCAAAAAAACAAAAGCCCAAAUACCAAAAACCAUGAAGGUGAGAAUUGAGAGCACAAGAACUAUUAAGCCAAUCUAUGAAGGCAAUUGCCCUCCCCCAACCUCUCACUGUAUCCCUCUGAGUGUGUUUGAUAAGGUUACCUAUAACGCCCAUAUAGCAGUUAUUUAUGCCUAUCAUCCACCAACACCAACAAAUGCAACCAUUGAGCUUGGCCUCCGAAGAGGCUUAUCGGAAUAUAGAGAAUGGGCGGGACGGCUAGGUGAAGAUGAGAAAGGUGAUUCUGUUAUUUUUCUUAAUGACAAAGGGGUUAAACUAGUUGAAGCAUCCGUGGAUAGUAAGCUUGAUCAACUCAUGCCCUUGAAGCCAUCUCCUUUUUUGCUUAGCCUUCACCCUAGCUUGAAGGAUGUGGAGGAGCUUGUGCAAGUUCAGCUCACAAGGUUCACUUGUGGCUCAUUAGUGGUUGGCUUCACAUCUAAUCACUUGGUAGCUGAUGGUCAUUCCACUAGCAAUUUCUUGGUUGCAUGGGGCAAAGCUAGUCGUGGAGUUGACAUGAGCCCACUUCCUCUUCAUGAUCGAACCAUUUUCAUCCCUCGAAAACCUCCUCACUUUGAGUUUGAACACAGGGGAAUUGAGUUUAAAAGCAACAAUCUUCUCAAAGAUUGUCCAAAUAAAUAUAACGAUAACUUUGUGGAUGAUAUUACAGUCCAUAAAGUCCAUUUCACAUUGGAUUUUCUCUCCAAGCUCAAAGCUAGAACUUGUCCACCAUCAAAUAAUCUGCAGAACAAGGCUUACAGUACAUUCGAAAGCUUGGUUGCUCAUCUAUGGAGAACCAUAACAAGGGCUCGAGGGCUCAGUGGGUUCAAGACAACACAUGUAAGAAUCUCAGUGAAUGGACGCAUGCGAAUGAAUCCAAGAGUAUCCAACGAGUACUUUGGAAACUUGGUGUUAUGGGCAUUCCCCAGUGCUAGGGUUAAAGACCUAUUGAAAGAGCCAUUACCUUAUGCAGCUAAGCUCAUUCAUGAAGCUAUAUCAAAGGUAAAUAACAACUACUUCAAAUCAUUCAUUGACUUCGCUACUCACAAGGCGGAGAAGGAAGAAAACCUCAUGCCCACUGCGGAGAUGGACAAGUCGGUGUUGUGCCCUAAUCUGGAAGUUGAUAGUUGGCUAAGGUUUCCAUUUUAUGAUUUAGAUUUUGGAGGAGGAAGUCCAUAUAUAUUUAUGCCAUCUUAUUUUCCAACUGAAGGAAUGAUGUUUCUUCUACCGUCAUUCAUUGGAGAUGGAAGCAUAGACGCCUUCAUACCUCUUUUCCAGGAAAAUUUGGCAAGCUUCAAGGAAAUUAUCUAUUCAUUGGACUAAGUAUCAAUUUUUUUUUUUCUCUUUUCCAUUGUUAUAAGAAGUUCUUGUUUAAUGAUAGUUGUUGUCGUGUAUUUUUCUUGAAGGUGGACCAUUUACCAGCUUGUCAUAACAAUUGCUUUCAAGAGAUAUCAUAUAUAGAGUUUUAAUUAUAUUUGCAUGGAGAACUUUUCUUCAGAGUUACUAUAAGUGCAUUGUUUAAUAUAUAUGAUCAAUCAACG